AUGGCUACCCCUAGCGUCCUUGUCUUUGAUGCUGAGGGUCGGGCUGUUGACUUUGAGGUCUGGCUCGAUGAUCUGCAGCUUUUCCUACAGUGCGAUAGGGCAGACGGUCUCUCCCUCUUUGACCUCACCUCUGGUGCCUCCGCUUCCCCUGCUGCUGAUGCUGACGCCACUGUUCGCUCACAGUGGGCCACGCGCGAUGCUGCUGCCCGCCUUGCUGUGCGCCGCCACUUGCCGACUGCUGAGCGUGCGCACUUUAGUCAGUACAAGAGUGCUAAGACCUUUGACAUUCGCUACCGCGCUGCGCUUCCUGCUGAGUUCUGCGCCAAGAACCCCCCCCCCAUGUACAUCACCCUCUACUACAUAGUCACCCGGCUCCCUGACACCCUUCGCUCGGUCAGGGACCACUUUCUCUCUGUUUGCCCCACCACCCUCACCGUUGACCUCCUCGAGGAGCGUCUCCUAGCAGCAGAGCAGAGCAUAGUUGCUGUAGGAGCCUCUCGUGGUGACCCUCGUACCCCUGUCUUUGAGGGGUGCUCCCCCUCCCCCCUCUUGCCCUCUGUUGCCUCUGCUGCUGCGGCCGACCUCGUUGGUGUUGAGUCGGUCGGUGCGGCGUCUACCCCUAGCGGGAGACGCCGCUCAGGCAAGGGCAAGGGGGGCAAGGGCGUUGGGGGAGCUGGCGGAGGCGGUGGAGGCGGCAGUGGAGGAGGCGGAGGGAGUGGGGGUGGCGGUGGGAGUGGUGGUGGGAGUGGGGGCACUAGUGGAGGCAGUGGCGGCGGAGGAGGAGGCGGUGGUGGAGGUAGCGGCGGCGGAGGUGGAGCGGGUCGGGGCGGCUCUACGCAGAGGGUCGGCUCCGGUGGUGGUCAGCGCCAGCAGCAGCAGCAGCAGCGUCCUCGUGAGACCCCUUCCCCCCAGCAGCUUCGUGAGUGGUACACUGCUCGUCAGCGGGGCGGGGGUGCUGGCCCCUGUACCUACGUUCUCCGUACCGGCGACCGCGCGGGUGAGCAGUGUGGGGGGGCGCACUCCACCCAGCGCUGCUUCGGCCGUCUGACGGACGCUUGGCGUCACCAGUUCCCCGACGCUACUGAGAUCCCUCGCUGGGGCGAGCUGUCUAGGGCGGGUGUUGCGAUCUUUGAUCUUGAUUAUGAUGCUAUUCUUGCUGCCAUGUAUGCUGUGACUAUUAGUGAUGAGGGUGACUGUUACCGGUGUUUUCCGCCUGACCCGGGCAUUGAGGCUGCUGCUCUAGGUGCUUGUGAGGCUGCUGCUCUAGGUGCCAGUGCGUCUGCCGCCCCAGGUGCCGGUGAGUCUGCGCUCUCAGGUACUGCGUCGUCUCCGGACACCCACACCUUCACCCUUGACUCGGGUGCUUCCCGCUCCUUCUUUCGAGACUGCACCACGCUCACGCCGCUUAGUCGGCCAGUCCUGUCCUUGCCCGCUUCUCCACUGUCCUACCGUGAUGCAGGGGUUCACCAGUUCACUCCUGCGAGUCAGCGAGUGACCCACUGUACCUGUGCUCGGUCGGGCCGUCACUUGGCCACGUUUACCCGUCAGCCGGGGUCGAGCCUGUACACACUGACUACUGAGUCUCCUCCAGUCGCUGAGUCUGCUCAGGUAGCAGCGUCGGGUCAGGUGUUUGCUGCGGCGUCCAGGUCUGGCCCUGAGUCUGCCCCCUGCUCGUGUCGUCUCCUGUCCCACCGGACUCUCCUCUGGCACCACCGCCUUGGUCACCCCUCCCUGCCUCGUCUUCGAGGCAUGGCUUCCCGUCUUCUUGUCUCUGGCCUCCCCCGGUCCCUCCCUCCCCUUCCUCCGGGGCCUGCCCCUACCUGCGUUCCCUGCGUCGAGGGGCGGCAGCGCGCUGCUCCUCACUCCUCCGAGUUUCCUCCGACAGAGGCUCCGCUGCAGACGCUUCACAUGGACGUGUGGGGCCCAGCCCGCGUCCGUGGGCAGGGUCACGAGCGUUACUUCCUGUUGGUGGUUGACGACUACUCGCGUUACACCACAGUCUUCCCCUUGCGCAGCAAGGGUGACGUUACUGAGGUGUUGAUCGACUGGAUCCGCGCAGCUCGUCUCCAGCUCAGGGAGAGUUUCGGCUCGGACUUUCCUGUUCUGCGUCUGCACUCCGACAGAGGCGGAGAGUUCUCCUCUGACCUUCUGCGGGACUUUUGUCGUGCACGAGGCAUCCGCCAGACCUUCACGCUUCCGGACUCUCCACAGCAAAAUGGGAUUGCUGAGCACCGCAUUGGCAUGAUCAUGGACGUCGCUCGUACGUCCAUGGUCCAUGCGGCUGCCCCCCAUUUUCUGUGGCCGUUUGCGGUUCGGUACGCGGCGCAUCAGAUCAACCUUCACCCCCGGGUCUCCAUGCCGGAGACCUCCCCUGCUUUACUGUGGACGGGGAAGGUUGGCGAUGCGUCUGCGUUCCGUGUCUGGGGAUCUCGGGCGUUUGUCCGCGUCUUGUCUGUGGACAAGCUGUCCGUUCGUGCCGUUCCCUGCGUCUUCCUUGGCUUCCCUCCUGACGCGCCAGGCUGGCAGUUCUACCACCCCACCUCGCGCCGUGUUCUGUCCUCCCAGGACGUCACCUUUGACGAGUCGGUUCCCUACUACCGUCUCUUCCCCUACCGCACUGCGUCCCUCCCUCCCCCGCCGCUCUUCCUUACGCCAGGUCCCCCUCAGGUAGACGCCCUCCCCCCUCAGGGUUCUGCCCCCUCAGGUGUGUCCGAGAUGGAUGCGGUCGAGCCUGUCGAGGUGCCUGUUGACUCUGGUGCUGCUGGGGGUGCUGAGCCUGGGGGUGCUGGGUCUGGGGGUGCUGCGACUGGGGGUGCUGAGCUUGGGGGUGCUGAGCCUGGGGGUGCUGAGCCUGGAGGUGCUGCGUCUGGGGGUGCUGAGCCUGGGGGUGUUACGCCUGGGGGUGCUGAGCCUGGGGGUGCUGCGUCUCGGAGUGCGGAGCCUGAGGGUGCUGGGCCUGCUCGUGUGGCGUCUGGUGGUGCUGGGCCUGGAGGUUCUUCGGGUGCUUCGUCCCGGCGGGAGCUACUCUCUCCACAGGAGCUGCGUGAGUGGUUCGCCCGGCGCUGGAGGCGUGCUGCUGGAGCUGGCGGUGCUACGGACGCUGGAGGUUCUGCUGCUGCUGAGGGUGCUGGUGCAGCGGGUCCCGGAGGUGCUCGUACAGGGUGUACUGGAGCUGCUGGGCCUACGGGUGCUCCUGGUGCUGGAGCUGGUGGUGCUACUGGUGCUACUGGCGUUGGUGCUGCUGGUGCUCCUGGAGCUGGAGCUGCUGCGUCUUCUGGUGGUCCGACUGGAGCUGGCGCUACUAGGGGUGUUGGCACUGGAGGUGCUACUGGCGCUGGUGCUUCUGAGGGUGCUGGAGUUGGCGCUGCUGGAGCUGGGGGUUCUACUGGUGCUGGUGCUGCCGUUGGGGGUGCUGGUGCUGUUCCUGCUGGUACUGGUGGCGCUGCGCGGCCACGGCCGUACUUCGUUCCGCUCCUUGAGCAGGUUCUUGGUCUUCCGUCCUCUCUUGGUCCUGCUCCUGGCUUAGAGUGUCCGCCUCCUGUCCAGUCUGAGUCACAGUUACAGCCAGCCUCCCCGCUUCCUUCUCCUUCUCCCUACACUGGUCCUACUGGAGGUCUUGCUGAGCGUCGUGAGCCUGCGUCUCGCCCUGCGUCGCCUGUCCGUGCUGCUCGCACUAGUGGUCGUGGUUCGCGUCAGCGUCCUCCCCCUGUCCCCGGCACGCACCGGAUGUCUCUGCGUCCUUCCACUGCUCCACUGCGUGCCCCUUUGCCUUCUCCUCCCGCGUCCUCUCUUCCUACACUUCCUGACCCGGAGUCGGACUCCCUUCGUGCUGCGCGUCCUACUGUCACGUGUCUCCUUGCUACUGUCACGCUUGCUGAGCUUGUCGACUUCGCUGCUCGCUGUCGCCUAGACUACGCUGCCAGUCUCGUCGCUGAGUCUGAGUCUGUCUGUCCUCCGUCCGUCGGGGGUGAGUGUGCUCUUGGCACGGACGUCCUUGAGGACAGGCAGGAGGAGUUCCAGUGCUUGGCUGCUGCUUCACCUCAUCUCGUGUCCAUGCUGCUUGCCCCUGAGGGAGACCCGGAUGCACUUGACAUCCCGACUCCGCGCUCUUACGCGGAGGCGAUAGAGGGUCCCUACUCCUCUCAGUGGCAGGCAGCCAUGGACGCAGAGAUGGCUUCCUGGAAGUCCACAGGCACCUACGUUGACGAGGUUCCCCCGCCUGGGGCGAACAUCGUCAGUGGCAUGUGGAUUUUCAGGGUGAAGCGGCCGCCGGGUUCUCCGCCUGUCUUCAAGGCGCGUUACGUGGCUCGUGGCUUCACCUGCACGAGGAGAUCUGGCUGCGCCACCCACCUGUCUUCACUGGGACUUUUCCUCCAAGCACCCAGUGGAGCUUCCGGCGGCCAGGCACCUCGUGAGUGGCACGACACACUGAGGACUACACUUGCGACUCUUGGGUUUGCUCCUUCUACUGCCGACCCGUCGCUGUUUCUGCGCACCGACACUUCUUUGCCGCCGUUCUACAUCCUCGUGUACGUCGACGACUUGGUCUUUGCUACAGCUGACACUGCUGGACUCGCCUACGUGAAGUCCGAGCUGCAGAAGAGACACACGUGCACAGACCUGGGUGAACUGCGCAGCUACCUUGGCUUGCAGAUCACCCGGGACAGAGCACAGCGCACCAUUACCUUCACUCAGUCACACAUGGUGCAGCAGGUCCUUCAGCGCUUCGGCUUCACGUACUCCUCGCCUCAGGCCACUCCUCUGUCUACACGCCACUCGCUCUCAGCUCUGCCUUCGGAUGAGUCCGUAGAGUCGAGUGGCCCGUACCCAGAGCUUGUUGGCUGCCUCAUGUACCUGAUGACCUGCACUCGACCUGACCUUGCAUACCCUCUUAGCAUUCUGGCACGCUAUGUUGCUCCUGGGAGACACAGGCUAGAGCACAUGGCUGCAGCGAAGAGGGUGUUGCGCUACUUGUGCAGUACGUCGAGCAUGGGGCUUGUGCUUGGAGGGCAGAGUUCAGUGGUCCUCACUGGUCACGCAGACGCUUCUUGGGCUGACGACCAGGCUACGCAGCGGUCGUCACAGGGUUACACCUUCAGCCUUGGUUCCGGCUCUGUUUCGUGGCGGUCUACCCGCUCGUCUUCUGUUCUCGGCUCCAGUUGUGAGGCUGAGAUCUACGCAGGGGCCAUGGCUGCACAGGAGCUACGCUGGCUCACCUACCUGCUGACUGACCUGGGAGAGCCGCCUCGUUCUCCUCCAGUGCUGUACGUAGACAACAAGGCCAUGCUGGCCUUGUGUCGGGAGCACAGACUGGAGCACAGAACAAAGCACAUCGCUCUUCGCUACUUCCUUGCUCGUGAGCUGCAGCAGCGUGGUCAGCUGCGUCUUGCUUACGUGGCCUCUCAGGCCAACACUGCUGAUAUCUUCACUAAGGCACUCGCGCCUUGUGAUCAUCAGCGCUUCUGUACUCUGUUAGGUCUUGUGCCUACCUUGCCUCACUUGCUCACUUCUUGA